AAGGUGACAAAGUUUUCGUGCCUUUUGGACAUGCUGUUGAAAAAUAUCUUAACGAAUUUGAUCAUUUAAAAAAGACAUGUUUGAAAAAGCAAAGCCUGCGUAGAGUAGAAGGAGCAAUAGAUUAUAUUGGAUGGAUGACUAAAGAUGGAUACUUAAAAUCAACAAACCAUUUAGAUGAUAUUCUUGAAUUGACUGAGAAAGGCAAUGAAUGUAUUUCUAAUAUUCAAAAUGGAAAUGCACAUGAUAUUUGUAAUUGUUCAAAUUUUAAACUUAAAAACAAUGUUUCUAAUGAAUUUGAUAUGCAUAAGUGUUCAGUUCGUGUAAUUACAAAGGUUAUGUUAUCGCAAAUUAAAACUGAAUUUCUAAUGCAAGUUAUUCUCUCGGGCUCUCACAUAUCUAGUAUUCUAAUUCCACACAUUUCAACUAUAAAUCGAAUUAAUUUAAACUAUGAGACACGUGAUAUUGUUAUUCAUGGACGACAUGAAAGUAAUAUGACAACAACGCAAAUUAUGCGUAACUUGCUUGCCCCCACUAAUAAUGCACCUAAAAAUGAAUUAAAGGAAAUAUUGGAUAACAAAAAAUUCGCAUGUAAUGAAACAAAAAUUCGUCAUUUGUUAGAACGUGAUACUCGUCGCCUUAGAGAUAAUAUUGGUCCAUGGACUCGACUUCAUCAACUUGUAACUAAUGAGUUAAAAAAUAAGAGGGUUGUUUUAUAUUAUCAACAACCAGAUUCUGAAAUGCAGGAAAAUGAUUAUAAGCAUUAUUAUCAGCUUACCUUAAGUGAUGAAAUAUGGUUGCAGCAGGCUCGAGAUUGUAGUUCAUUUUGCUUUGGUAUAAAUGGAAAGUAUGAUUUAAAUAAUGACCGUGCACCAAUUCUAGUUCUUACAGUUGAGGAUCAAGCUGGUUAUGGUUCACCAAUAGCAAUUGGACUUUCAAAUAAAGAAAAUAAAUUUACAAUUCAUAUUGCUAUUGAAACUGUUCAAAAAAAUAUAUCAUAUAAGCAUCAACCUUCAAAAGCUGCUUUAGAACCAAUACUUCGAGAUGUAAUUUUGUGUUGGUUUUAUAUAAUGAAAACAUUUGGAGAACAUUUGCAAAAUUUAAAGGUAGAGCAAUCAUUAUGA